AGCUAGAAGUGGGACGGUAUUUGGGAGGCAUGAGUGGUACGGUCCGUCAGAUCAGUGUGGUGUUGGACCCAAGCAUCCCCUAUUUCCUGCGGGUGGACUGGGCCGAAGACCUGGGUGCUGGUUUCACUCUCGCCCUCAGUGACGGCAGCUCGUCCUGGAUCGGAGAAGUACCAGAGGAGGAGAUGACUGGGAAAGCCACACAGUUGGGAGUGAAAAGGGAGAAAUGUGUGGAAGAUCUUCAUCAGGCACUGACCGGAGGAGGAGAAAGCUUAAGAGGAAGAGUGGCAGAAAAGGAGGAGUACCUGUUCCACCUCUCCUCUGACCACGGUUGUCUGUCGUAUGACAAGAAGACCCAGAGAGGCGUUUUGGUGAACAUGGGUGCAGUGGAGCUGCACCCUGCCCCUGUGGAUCUCAACAGGGAGAUGAUAGCCCACACUCUGGAGCACAGCGCUGACCUGGAGGCAGAGAACAGACGGCUGCAGGAGAAGAAUCAGACACUCCGGCAGGAGCGGCAGCACCUCCUUGCAGAGGUAACUGGGGUAACUGUCAAAUCCAAGGCUGGAGACAGCAUUAAGGAGGAGGAGGACCUGCCUCAGAGCUUCCACCCAUCUCAGGCACCCACCGUGCUCAUCGGAGGUGUUCUUCCAUUGGUUCUCACUUCCAUUUGUUCCACCAAGAUGGAAGCAUGGCACAUGCCAAUUCACAAGAUGUCGGUGGGCGGAGCCGGGAGGGUCGUCAGCAAAAUGGGACACACCUGGGCUCGGGUGUGUCUCGGGAUAAAUACUCCUCUUCCCCAUUUAUUGAGGACACUCACUCCAUGCAGACACUGAUAGAUUUUUGUUGUGGCAUUUUUGUGGCUGUUUUGUAUGUUUGCUUUGUAUGUUUGCUUUGGCACCUUUCAACACCCCUCAUUAUCACAUUUAUGCACGCAAACACUCACUUACACUACUGAUU